AUGUACCAGCAUGAUCACCAGGCAUAUCGCAAGCUGCAGCAGAUUGGCAAGGAGAUCACGAGCAAGGUGAAACCCCGGGCGGUGGUGGUGUUCUCUGCGCACUGGCAGGGCGGAAGGGACACGAUUCAAGUGAAUACAGCCGAGAUUACAGAGCUUAUAUAUGACUUCUACGGCUUUCCAUCUCACUAUUACAAAGAGAAAUACCCCAAUGUUGGAAGCCGAGAAAUAGCAGACAAGGUCAUCGAAGCCAUCAAGGAUGCGGGCAUGAAUGUCGAAGGCGUCAAAAGAGGCUUGGAUCACGGAGUUUGGGCGAGUUUCAAGUGCGCUUUUGACCCAGAGGACAACCCCCUAAAUGUCCCCGUCGUCCAAGUUUCCCUCUUCGACACCGAGGAUCCCGAUCAGCACUUUCGGCUUGGCCAGGCGGUCUCCAAACUCCGCGAGGACAAUAUUCAGAUAGUCGUCUCCGGGAUGGCCGUGCAUAACUUGCGCGAUUUACGCUUUACCUUUGGAGAUCCACGGCCGCUGCCGUACGCGGUGAGCUUCGAUGAAGCGCUGAAGGAAGCCGUGACGUCAGCGCCUGCAGACAGGCAAAAGGCCUUACGUGACCUGUUGAAAAGGCCGGAUGCAAGACAGGCUCAUCCGACGUUUGACCAUUUGCUGCCAAUUCAUGUGGGAGCCGGGGCUGCGGGAGACGACGCAGGACAGAGGUUGUUCACUCUGCCAGAAGGCAGUAUGAGCUGGGCGCAGUUCCGAUUUGGUGACAUCCCAGCGAAUUGA